AUGGCAGACCCGUCUGCAUUUCUGAAAGCCGCUGAGCUGCUGGACGAUGGUAGUCUUCCGUCCGAUUUGCCGUCAGACGACAAGGCAGUUCGCCGCAAGCCAAAUUUAACGGAUAAUCAGCGCCUUGUAAUGGCCGAGUUUCUGCUAAAGCACAGCCAAGGUAAGGCUCGUUUACCACGCGCGGUCAUUACCGCUGCUGCAGACCAAUUUGAAGUACAUCGCAACACUGUAUCACGUAUCUGGAAUCGUAUGAAAAUGGCAAUGGAUGUUGGAUCAUCUGCUGACGUCGUAAUGAAACAAGUUCUGUCCAAAAAGCGUGGUAAUUGCGGACGUAAGCAGAAGGACUAUUCGGCCGCGAUGGAGCGAGUCAAGCAGCUCCCAUUAAGCCAGCGUAGCUCACUUCGAGCUCUUUCCUCAGCGGUUGGUGUUCCGCGUACUACAUUAUUCCGUCUUUUGCGAAACGACAAGUUUGAUUGCAGCCGAUUAGACAUCGCAGAUGAUCACCUGGAUGAUACAAAACAGACAUUGGCUAAUGUGAUCAAAGCACCGCUGUCGGAUCGAAACAAACGGGAUCGACUGAAAUUUUGCUCAAGUAAAGUAUUACCAAGUGGAGUGUUUGAGGAUAUGAUCAAUGUGGUACAUAUCAACACCAAGUGGUGUUUCUUGCCGGGCAAUCGCGAUGCAAAGAAGACGAAGGCAAUGUUUCUAAUUGCUGUCGCUCGACCUCAGUGGGAUUGUCAGCGGCAGCGGCAAUUUGAUGGUAAGCUUGGGGUCUGGCCAUUUGUCGUGACCAAUUCGCAGUUGAAUAUAAACCUCGAACCUAGUAUAGAACCAUGGGUCCAAACGUCCGCGCAACCCGGACACACGUUCUGUGUGCUCGAAACAAUCACGAAAAAAGAAAUCCAAACCAUGAUAACAAGUAAUGUUAUUCCAGCAAUUAAGACGAAAAUGCCGAGCUUGUUGCGCAAUAGACCGCUUUUCAUCCAAUUAGAUAAUCAGCAAAUGCGCUUAACACCGGAUGAUCCCGUGAUUGCAGAGCAUGGAAAAGCAGACGGCUGGGAUAUUCAGGUGCAAUAUCAACCUGCUUAUAGCCCAGAGCUUGUGGUGCUUAAUCACCGUAUUCUCAAGCAUAUAAGUGUCGAGAUGACAAUGCGAAACAUCACAAUGCAGCUUUCUCCUUUAGAAGCACUAAUUACUGGUGUGGAACGGGCAUUUGGUACUGUUACCGAAAGGCAAAUUGACGAUGCAUUUUUGGCUUUGCAAAAGACGAUGGAGUGCAUUCUGCUUUCAGGUGGAUCAAAUAAUUUCGACUCGCAGGAAGACGUGACUAAAAAAAGUUUACAGCACGAUGGAAGUCUGCCAAUAAGCAUCAUUUGCAAGAAAGAAGCUUUGCUGGCGUGUCAGUCCAUCUUGAACACUGGAUGUUGA